UUUUGGUUCUUUGAUUUAAGCUCCCCUGUUUUUUUCUCUGUUUCCCCCCCAGCAUUUUUGUUGUGGAUAAAAAACAUGUCGUCAAGCGUCUGUCAAGGGUUGCAAUCAUGCAUGGACCUACGGCACAUUGAAUCACGUUUUAUGAGACUGAAAUUGGCUCCACAGGAAACGAAUUUCCCAGCCUCAUCCAUUGCUUCUACGGAGCCGAAACCUAUGCCAUUUACCGGAGUAAAAGACGCCAUCGCUUGUACUAACGACUGCAAGCCGAUAGGCAAUCGAAAUGUCGACACGGGCUGCUGGAGUUUCGUCAAGUCGCCCGCCGACAACACCGAAGAUUCUAACUCUACUCCGAAUGACGAAGUUUACGUACACCCUCUCGUGAAGCGUUCGACUUCUAUGCUAAGUGAGAGGAGUCUCGAAAUGUGCACAGAAAGCUUAGGCAGCGAGACCGGAAGUGACGUUAGCGAGAGCAUUGAUGACAUCUCCUUGCUUUCAUUAGAAAACGUUGUUUACAAUUCGAAACCCAGAGAGAGUUCGGCGGCGAGGAUGAAAACGAGCCGUGUCAAGAGCUUUCCGCCUCCGUUGACAUCCAUCAGUGGCUCCAAUGGUGUCAAAGUCAAGUCUCGCAGAGAAGGCGGCCGUUUAGUUCUUGAAGCCGUUACUAGCCCUCCUUGCAAUAGCUACUUCCAUACAGAACGAAGCGAGGGCAGGCUUAGGCUUUCCCUUUUCAAGGACAUCGAUGCCAACGCAAUGUUCGAAGGCAACCAUGAUGAGGAGAAAGACCAAGAGGAGGUCAAACACGACGAAUACGACGGCGAAGAUAACGAAAAUGGUGAAAUUAAUAAUGAAGAAAGUCUGAUAAUGGAGGUGAGGAUAUGGAACGAGAUAGUGGGGGUGUUGGGUCCGAAAUCCGAAACCGAGGUGAAGAAAGUGGGCGUAGGCACAAAGGGUUGUUUAAUUGGCACCCAUUGUUGGUGGGGUGAUUACUUAAAAGCUAAGAGCUGGAAGAUUUCUCUCAACCCUACUAGAGAGAAUUACUAUUAUUGGAUCCCCUAAUUUUUCCCAUUUUCCUACCUUUAUUAUUAAUAAUUUUCUAAUUUUUAGUUAUAUAUUAUGAAGUUAGAGAUUACCGAACCAUGUGUUACCUAAAAUAUGCUGUCGUGGUAGUUAUUAUCGUUUUGGGACCAGACCAUGUC